AUGUCUCUGCAGCUCUGGGCCCUGGCCCUCCUGGGCCUUGUGGGCACAAGUGCGGGCCUGCGGCCCCGGAAGCUGGACUUCUUCCGAAGCGAGACGGAGCUGAACCACCUGGUUGUGGACGAGGCCUCGGGCGUGGUGUACGUGGGGGCGGUGAACGCGCUCUACCAGCUGAGUGCCAGACUCCAGCUGGAGCAGCAGGCGGCCACAGGCCCGGCCCUGGACAACAAGAAGUGUACGCCCCCCAUCGAGGCGAGCCAGUGCCACGAGGCCGUGCUGACCGACAACGUCAACCAGCUGCUGCUGCUCGACCCUCCCGGGAAGCGCCUCAUCGAGUGCGGCAGCCUCUUCAAGGGCAUCUGCGCCCUGCGUGCUCUGAGCAACAUCUCUGUGCGUCUCUUCUACGAGGAUGGUAGCGGCGAGAAGUCCUUCGUGGCCAGCAACGACGAGAGCGUGGCCACGGUGGGGCUGGUGAGUGCCACGAGCCCCGGUGGCGAGAGGGUCCUGUUCGUGGGCAAGGGCAACGGGCCCCAUGACAACGGCAUCAUCGUGAGCACCCGCCUGCUGGACCGGACCGAGGGCAGGGAGGCCUUCGAGGCCUACACGGACCACGCCACCUACAAGGCCGGCUACCUGUCCACCAACACGCAGCAGUUCGUGGCCGCCUUCGAGGACGGCCUCUACGUUUUCUUCGUCUUCAACCAGCAGGACAAGCACCCGCCCCGCAACCGCACGCUGCUGGCGCGCAUGUGCAAGCAAGACCCCUUCUACUACUCCUACCUGGAGACAGACCUGCGGUGCCUUGACCCCGCCGACCCCCAGGCCCCGGCCUUCGGCACCUGCUUGGCGGCCUCCGUGGGUGUGCCGAGCGCCGGCAGAGUGCUGUACGCGGUCUUCAGCAGGGACGGCCGGAGCGGCGGGGGACCCCGUGCGGGCCUCUGCCUGUUCCCCCUGGACGAGGUGCACGCCAAGAUGGAGGCCAGCCGCAACGCCUGCUACACGGGCACCCGGGAGGCGGGCCGUGACACCUUCUACAAGCCCUUCCACGGCGAGAUCCAGUGUGGAGGCCACGGGCUGGUAUGUGGGGCUUGUCGAUGCACCAGGAGGGCCGAGUGCCCACGGGCUGAGGAGCACGGCCACUGGCUGUGGAGCCGUGACGAGUCCUGCGUAGCCAUCACUGGGGCUCAGCCACAGAACAUGAGCCGCCGGGCCCAGGGCGAGGUGCAGCUGUCUGUCAGCCCCCUCCCAGCCCUGAGUGAGGACGACGAACUGCUGUGUCUCUUUGGUGACUCACCACCACACCCGGCCCGUGUGGAAGGCGACGCCAUCAUAUGCAACUCCCCGAGUAGCAUUCCUGGCACGCCGCCUGGCCAAGACCACGUGGCUGUAAACAUCCAACUGCUCUUCAGACGCGGCAGCAUCUUCCUCACCUCUCACCUGUAUCCCUUCUAUGACUGCCGGGAGGCCAUGAGCCUGGCCGAGAACCUGCCGUGUAUCUCCUGCUCAAGCAACCGCUGGACCUGCCAGUGGGAUCUGCGCUACCACGAGUGUCGGGAGGCCUCCCCCAACCCCGAGGCUGGCAUCGUCCCCGCCCACAUGGAGGACAGCUGCCCCCAGUUCCUGAACCCCAGCCCGCUGGUCAUCCCCAUGAACCACGAGACGGAUGUGACCUUCCAGGGCAAGAACCUGGACACAGUGAAGGUGGAGGGGGGCUUGUGGGAGGUGGAGGUGGAGGGUUGUGGGGUGGCACCGGCUGAGUCCAGUAUCCAGUUUGUCAGCAGAUGUAGCCAGUGCAGGUCCGAGACGGUGGUGGAAAGGAUGCUGUCCAAUUGGAUGUCUAUCUGCCUAUACCAGUACCUCAAGGACAGUGCCGGCGAGCCCCUAUAUAAGCUUUUCAAGGCCAUCAAGCAUCAGGUGGAGAAGGGGCCAGUGGACGCUGUGCAGAAGAAGGCCAAAUACACCCUCAACGAUACGGGGCUGCUGGGGGAUGAUGUGGAGUAUGCACCCCUGACGGUGAGCGUGAUCGUUCAGGACGAAGGCGCCGAUGCUGUCCCGGUAAAGGUCCUCAACUGUGACACCAUCUCCCAGGUCAAGGAGAAGAUCAUCGAUCAGGUGUACCGUACGCAGCCUUGCUCUCGUUGGCCUAAGGCUGACAGCGUGGUCCUCGAGUGGCGUCCUGGGUCCACAGCCCAGAUCCUGUCAGACCUGGACCUGACCUCUCAGCGGGAGGGCCGGUGGAAGCGGGUCAACACCCUGAUGCACUACAACGUCCGGGAUGGAGCCACUCUCAUUCUGUCCACGGUGGGAGUCUCCCAACAGCCUGAGGACAGCCAGCCGGAUCUACCCGGAGAGCGCCAUGCCCUCCUGGAGGAGGAGAACCGUGUGUGGCACCUGGUGCGGCCAGCGGAGGAGGUGGACGAGGGCAAGUCCAAGCGGGGCAGCGUGAAGGAGAAGGAACGCACCAAGGCCAUCACCGAGAUAUACUUGACCCGCCUGCUCUCUGUCAAGGGCACGCUGCAGCAGUUUGUGGACAACUUCUUCCAGAGCGUUCUGGCACCUGGGCAUGCGGUGCCGCCCGCUGUUAAGUAUUUCUUCGACUUUCUGGACGAGCAGGCCGAGAAACAUGACAUUAAGGAUGAGGACACCAUCCACAUCUGGAAGACCAACAGUCUACCACUGCGGUUCUGGGUGAACAUUCUCAAGAACCCCCAUUUCAUCUUUGACGUGCAUGUUCAUGAGGUGGUGGACGCUUCCCUGUCAGUCAUCGCUCAGACCUUCAUGGACGCCUGCACACGCACAGAGCACAAGCUGAGCCGCGACUCUCCCAGCAACAAGCUUCUCUACGCCAAGGAGAUCUCCACCUACAAGAAGAUGGUGGAGGAUUAUUACAAGGGGAUCAGGCAGAUGGUGCAGGUCAGCGACCAGGACAUGAACACACACUUGGCGGAGAUUUCUCGGGCACACACAGACUCGCUGAACACCCUCGUGGCCCUGCACCAGCUGUACCAGUACACGCAGAAGUACUAUGACGAGAUCAUCAACGCCCUGGAGGAGGACCCUGCCGCCCAGAAGAUGCAGCUGGCUUUCCGCCUCCAGCAGAUCGCGGCUGCGCUGGAGAACAAAGUCACAGAUCUCUGA